AUGGCCGCGAUAUCGAUUGCUGUGACGAUGCUCUAUUUGUUUAUGAUCUUCACCUGUUAUGUGAGAACACAACACAAGAGCCGAGCGUUAUACCAGGCUAAUAUCAACCAGGAAGUCGUACAAAUCAUCUACCGCCUCAAAUUCCACCCACUAGCUCGCUACCCAGGACCAUUCCUCUCCAGAAUAUCCUCACUCUCAAUACCACUCCAAGCCGCGUCAGGCGACCGACACCUCCACCAGCUUCAAGAACACCAACGGUACGGACCCAUAGUACGAAUUGGUCCCUCAUCCCUCUCCUUCGCGUCACCAGCUGCCUUACGCACAAUCUACCAGUCCAGUCGAGCUCAGAACCCGCUUCGUAAAUCAGAUUACUACAAGACUGUCGACGCGCCUGCUGGAGCCUACUCGACACAUACGGAGAUCAGUCGGAGGAAACAUGCUUUCAGACGGCGCGUGCUCGAUCAUGCUUUCUCGGAGGCUUCGAUGCGCCCGGCGGAGGAGUUUGUUCUUGAGAAUAUAAGGACGUUCUGUAAACUUCUUGGUCCGGAGUCAGACGGUGAAGGGCUGGAGUGGUCACGGCCUCGCAAUAUGAGGAGUUCUGAGCUGUUGUACUGGUUUAUCGUUCGACCUAUCUUGUGCUCACCAACACUGAUGAAAUGGUUUGGUGGUCAAUUCGCACAGGAUGAACAUGAGUUCGUGGCUUAUGCGUCGGCAUGUGUGAAGGACAGGAUAUCAAAAGAGCACGAGAGUGAUAAGGUCGUGCGGAAGGAUAUGAUGUAUUUCAUCCUCGAUGCUAAGGAUCCUGUCACAGGCCAACCUUUCACGAACCAAGACCUCGACGCAGAAUCGUCCCUGCUGAUCGCGGCAGGCGGUGACACUACCUCCACGGUCCUCGCUGCGGCAUUCUUCUAUCUCACUCUGCCGACAUCGGAAAGUGUCUUGAACCAUGCACAAAAACAGCUGAGGGAGCGAUGUUCGUCACCCUCUGAUUUGACCUGGACUGAAGUCAGGAGGAACACGUACCUUCGUGCCAUUGUUGAGGAGACGUUACGAAUGGCACCAGCAGCCCCGUCCGAACUUCCGAGAACGAUCCUGCAAAAGCCAGGGCUCGAUAUUGCGGGAGAGUUCAUCCCAUCAGGGACGACAGUUGGCUGCUCAGCAUACGUUUUGCAUCACAAUGAGGAGGCUUUUCCAUCGUCCUUCUCCUUCAGACCAGAACGCUGGAUAGCUAUCUCAAAAGAAGACACACAUUCCACUUCAGCCACAACACAUCUUUCAGAGCCAUCGUAUCUGCAGCAUCCGGAUCAGGUCUCUCGUGCUCGAGAAGCAUUCUGUGCAUUCAGCUUAGGAAGUCGAGGAUGCGUUGGCAAAGCGUUAGCAUAUAUGGAACUUUGUCUCACUUUAGCACAUGUUUUGUGGGCUUUCGAUUUCAGACGAGCUGAAAACGGUGAUCGAAUCUCGGUACGGUCGAAGACACAAGCCAACGCUAGAGGACUCGAGUGGCGUGAGUUUGAAUACCAGCUGAGGGAUGUUUUUAUUACCGAUCGAGCUGGUCCAUUGAUCAAAUUUAGGAGAGCUCAGAGGCCAGGGGUAUCAUGA